UUCAAAAGCAUUAUAUACACUUCACAAAGAAUUAAAAGAAUCCCAGAUAAAUAUUUGAAAUCCUUGUUCUAUAAUUAAAUUGUCAAAUAUAAAACUUUAUUUUAUUCUGUGUAUUUUAAGAAAAAAAAAGUUUCUACUCUAUUGUAUUUUUUAUUUUAAUUAUUGAUAUUUGAGGUAUGAUUUUGAUCUUUAAUUUGUGCUAUUGGGUCAAGUUCAGGCAUAACCCUAAUAUUAUAGAUGACAAUGUUAAAUUUAAAUUAAUCAGUUGCUUUAAAUUUGUAUCUCACACACACUGUAUUUUUAAUAGUCAAAAAUAAAUUAAUUUUUAUUGAUUUAAAAAAAAAUGAAAAGAGUAAUUAUCAUUUAUAUUAUUGUAUUAUAUCACUAAAUAUAUAUUAAUAAUAACAAUUACAGUGUCUUAUAAAAAAGAACAAUAUGAAACUAUACUAUAUAUAAUAUUAAUUAUCUUAAAUAAAAUAUAUUACAAAUAAAGAGUGGUAAGAAACAUGUGUGCAAGACUUUUAGCAUGUCCUUUGUGCGCACAACCAAGUUUUUUAACAUUGGAUGCAUUGAGAGCAGGAUUGAUAAGUGUAGCUACAAGACCUCUUACAUGUCCUGUAUGUAAUGAAGUAUUGCUUGGUAUUGAUAAACUUACUAUUCAUUUAUUUAGUCAUACUAUUAAUUUAAGCAAUAACAAUACAAUAGAAUCAUUGAAACAUACAAAUAUUAUUCCUAAUACUUAUAAUUCAUCAGCAAUUAAUAAUUUAGAAAAUAAUUUAGAAAUUUUUCAAGAUUGGAAUGUGUCUAAAAUAGAAAUUACAGAUUCAAAUAAAUUUUCACAAAAUAUUUUAAAUAUUCAAAAUAAUUCAAUGUCUUCUCAAAGCUUGCAUACAAAAAAUGAAUCUCCAGUUUUUAAUUCAGAAGUAUCUAUUGAUCAAAAUCAAUUAAAUCAUGCAUCUCAAAUUACAUCUCAACAAAAUUCAAUUUGUGAAAAUAAAGAAACAAAUACAUUUCAAAAAAACAAAGAGAUAGAAUUACAAAAAGAUUCUCAACAAAUAUUGCAAGAAACAAUGAAAUUAAAUUAUGCUACACAAUACUUUAAUCAAAAUAUUAGACAGAUAAAUUAUAUGCAAAAUUAUCCAGAAACAGAAUAUGAAAGUGUUCAGACAUAUAAAAAUUGGAUGCAGACUCAACAACAAAAUGAAAAUAUAACAGAUAAAAUAGAAAAAAAUGAAUCUCAUAAUAAUGGAAUGACAAUAAAUAAAUUUUCAAGUGCUUAUACUAACAUAUCAUUACAAAAAGCUAAUAAUAAAGAUGUACAAGAAAAUUUAUAUAUUACAUGUAAUGAAAAUCAAAAUGAAAAUCUUAAACAAAAAGAAAUAUUACCUCAAUUGAAACUUAUAAAAACAUUAUCAUCAACAAAACAAAAGACUGAACGUUGCAGUAUAUGUGGUUUUCAUUUUCCUGAUCAUAAUAUUUUGCUUUUACAUAAACAAUUAGUACAUAUGAUUAAUGAAAAAGAUUUAAAUAUUAUUCCUGAAAAUUUACUUAAGAAUUAUUCAUGUCAUUUAUGCUCUAAAGUAUUUAAGAUGAAAGGUAGUUUAAUGGUACAUAUGCGAGUAGCACAUAUGGGAUGUAAUUUAGAUUCUUUAGCCAAAGGUGAACAAAUAGAACUCAUAUUUAAUGAAAAUAAAUAUAAUUGCCCCACAUGUGGAAAAAAAUUUAAAAAGGAACAACAUGUAAUGCAACAUUUAAAAACUCAUGAAGCUAAACAAUGGGAAUGUGAUAUAUGUAGUAAAAUGUUUACAACAAAAUAUUUUUUAAAAAAACAUAAAAGAUUACAUUCAGGAGAAAUGCCUUAUAAAUGUAAUAUAUGCAAUAAAACAUUUACUUUCCAACAAUCAUAUCAUAAACAUAGAUUAUAUCAUAAAGAUGAUAAACCUCAUACAUGUACAACUUGUGGCAGAUCAUUUAAAGAAUUAUCUACUUUACACAAUCAUGAACGAAUUCAUACAGGAGAAAAACCUUUUGCAUGCGAAACUUGUGGAAAAUGUUUUCGUCAACGUGUUUCAUAUUUAGUUCAUCGUAGAAUUCACACAGGUGUAAUGCCUUACAAAUGUACAAUAUGUGGAAAAAAUUUUAGAUACAAGGUAAGUCAAAGAACUCAUAAAUGUCCAGCACAACAAAUAGGAAAUAUACAUCAAACAAAUACCAUAGAUCAAAAGUCAAUAAAUCUAUCCAAUAUACAAGAUAUAAACAAUGAUAUAUAUAAAACUCAAAAACAUUUUUUAAAAGAAAAUCAAUCAAUGCUAAAUAUUAUAAAUAAUGAAGAAAAUAAAUAUGUGCUAAUAAUAAAUACUCAAGGCCAACAUCUUUUAACAAAAGAAAGUAAUAUUGAAAAAACUAUUACAAAUAAGAAACAAAAAUUGGAAGAAUGUACAGAAACAAACAAUAAAAAUGAAAGAACAAAAAAUAUAUGGAAAUCUGAUAUUCCUAAUAGUUCCACAUUUAAAAAAUCUUUAGAAACUUGUAAAACAAUAUAUUCAAAAACUGAAAAACCAUUUCAAGAAGAUGCAAAUGAUUUUUUUUCAAUGAUAAUACUUCCACUUGAAAAUGGAUUAUCUUCACCCACUGUAGAAAUGGAACAUUUACGAGUAUCAUCUCCCAUACAAAAAGUUAUAUCAAAACCUUAUGAUACUUUUAAAAAUGCAACAUAUGACAUGGAAAUGAAUAUAUUUAAUACAGAUAUAGAACAAAAUUUUAGUGGUGUAAAUAAUAAUGCAAAUAAUUUGCAAACUAUUAAUGAAGAAUCUUUGAAGCAAUUAUUAUAUAGCAUUAAUGAAAAAUAAUUGAAUUAUCCAUAAAAAUUACA